AUGAAUGAGGAUUAUUUAAAGGAAGAAUCACAGAAAUGUGUUGUAGUGCAGACUGGCCCAAGCAACCUCUCUAUAGACCCUAUAGACAACUUUGCUACAAGCACACACCAAGAUCUCAAAACUGACAUACAAAUUAAAGGCACCUACACUACAGGGGAAAAUGUUGCAAUAUGGAAUGGCAGGAAGCUAGUCGUGUAUGAAAUAACAGGAGACAAAUCUACUAUACGCGCAGCAGGGACAUUUUCCACUGAAUCAACAAUAUGCAGCUUAUAUGAGCAAAAUGUCUACACAAUAGAACAGGGCAAAGUACAAGUUCGAACAUUCCAGGGCACCGUAAAGCAGCUGAUUAGUUUCACAGAGGUAGAGGGUCAACCUGUAACACUGGAAGUCUGUUCACCACAUUUCCUCAUAGUCGGCACAGAGAAUGGAAUCAUUAAACUAUUUGACUUAUCCAGAAGGGAGGCCAAGCAGAUAGGAACUGCAAAGAAUAUGACUGACGUCAUCUCACAUUUUGGAGGAUUUGUAUCACUCAGGUGUAACUGUGCUGGAAAUAAAGUCAGUCUUUGUAUUAAAAAGCCCAAUGGUAGCACAGACAGUAAACUGUAUAUUUGGAACACUGAACUAGACACUCUACAGUACUUUAACUUUGAGACUGGUAAAGGAGAACAAGAUGACUUCGCUCCUGGUACAAUGGAAAGUGAUCAGGAAACUGCAGAAGAGAGAAGAGCUAAACCUGCCAGGUCACAUAAGUAUAUGCUGUUUAGACCAGGGUCGCAUAAACCCCCUGGCUCUAAGAAGCCCUCUAGGUACUACAUAAUGUAUAUUGUUAUCCCAACACCACCCAGCAUGAAUUUGAAAUGUUUCCCACCUCCUUCCCUGUUGAACCACCUUGCAUGCCCUCGUUGA